GUUGCCUACAAACCGUGGCUGUGUGCACAGUAUUUCCCCACCACACAGAGGCAUUGUGGGAGGACUGUACCGUGUCUCCAGUUCUGCCUGGAGGUUCAGCAGAGGUGUCCAUUCAUACUGCCAGACAAUGACGAUCUCAUCCACGGAGGAAGCCCCAGCUUCAUAUGUACAGGUGGGUGUGGUGGUAUGGACUGAUCAAUCAGUCAGUCAAUCAAUCAAUCAAGUGUGAUUUGUAGCCACAUCUUAUACGGGUGGGCGUAUAUCCACUCUAGGGCUAUGCUGUUUAGCUGAGAAGCACCAUGGAUCUAGGAUAGAUGGGCUUGGGUCAAUUCAUUUUGAAAUGUACUCAAUGUAGGAAUUUAUUUGCAUUCCUAUGUCCACUGACAGGAAUUUAGAUGGAAUUGUAUAUUGCAGGAUAUAUGUAAUUGUGCUCUUGUGCCCCUGAUGAUGCCUUGUAUAAUAGCUCUUCAGUGGUAUCGAUAAAGUUGUUUGGUUUUGAACUCUGGUACCCUAGCCAAUAAUUAAUUAUAGAACUUGUCCCUGGCAACAUCUAGUGGCCAUAUAAGGCAGUGUCAGUCAAAUCAAUGACACUUCCCUCUCAGUGUAAAGUGUAUUUCUGAGGCAGUGACUGUGAUGGGGUACAACUCCAUGGUAGUAUUUUAAUAUUCCCGGGUUCACAGUGAUCAAAACAGAACCAGCAUAACAUGACCUGCCCUGUCCUGAUUUGAUCUCAGUGGGGUGCUCUGAAAACAUGUCAUUUUCCUCCCCCAGCCCCCAAAGUUCGAAGGUUUUCAAUACUGUAAUUAGAACAGCCUUUGAUAUUUUUUAAUUACUUGUGCGUCAGCGAUUAAAUGUUAGGCUUUGCCUUUUGAGAUCCCUCAUUUUCUCCUGCUCAUUUGAUGUCUUCCUUUAGUGUGCACUGGCAGUUGCUUUGAAGAGAGAUUACACAAGGCGUGACAUCAGUGGUGUAGAUUAUAUUUACCGUGCUGCAGUAUGGGGUCGUUACAAAAUGUCACUUGCGUAUUUUUUUUCAUUUUGAGUUCAGUAAAGGGUCAUUAUUGUUAGGUUAUGAUAUAACAUAUGACAUAAUGAUACUGAUAGUUGAAUAAUAUGAAGACUGGUUUAAAUGUGCAUACUGACUGGUAUUUAUGUUCUUAUGCACAUGGUAAUCUGUCUUUUGUGAUAAACUUCAACAAAACACUGCAUUACCACACUGCAAGUAAGGCUGGAACUAGGCUGGGUCAUUUAUUUAGCUUAUUGUGGGUCAUCUGAAUGAAUGAACACACUUUAUUGGUAUUGGGGAAAUUGGGUUUGUCAUCAUCCUCAGACACAGGAUGAUACAAACACAAAUGGAUACAUGAGAGGGAUGCACAGAGACAUGAGCAUCUAUGGCUUAUAUCAGUGUUUACCCACUACUCUGUUCGUCCCUCACAGGGCUACUAGGGAGCCAUGGGCAGCCUAACAGCCAGGCAGAGUGCUGCGACGUCCGUUGGGACUCUAAACCGGACAACCGUUCCCGUGGGACACUGAAAAGGACUCCAACUCCCUCCUGCCAUCACCAAGAGGGGGUGUCGACAUCAGUCACCUCGGCCGCCACACCCACCAGACUGUGCAGCAGCAGCGGCCGGCUGAAGCUAUGCCUGCUGGUCUUCGUUCUCCUGCACACCGUAGUCACCAUCACCACCACCUCCCACAAUUCCACUGGGGUCGUCGGCAUGGCGGCCAUUUUCCCCCUGGAGGAAAGCUCCCCCAGCGAGGAAUGAUGGGACAAAAUUUGCAAGAAAACUCUGGGUUUUAUCUGGGAAUGAGUGAGUUGCAAAACCGGUUCUGACCAGUUCUGACUGCUGUGUCUCCGUUCAGUGACAACCCUGGAAGGUCACUGGUAUGUGCUGUCGAAGCCUCAUUGGGUCACAGGAAGUGAGAGCGGCGAUGACGUGGGAGGGGCUAACACACCUCAGACCAAAGGAUCAACAUCAUAUCACCGUGUCAAUCUAAACCUGAGUUCACCGUUUCAGUCUCUUGUUUCAUCAGAAUGUACUAUAUCGUUUCCUCUCUCCUCCUUGUUCACUUUUUUGUGGAGUUUGUUGGAAUGUAAAUGGGUUGUCUUAGAACAUAUAAGAGGCAGAGAAUUUUGAAAAAGUUAUCACCAACCUGUGUGUUUCUAUCCACCCCUCUCUUCACCAGUAACAUUUAGCUGCUUUUGAGGUGCCAGACUGGAUAUGGUAACAACACUCUUGACUCAAACACUCACACACAGAGUGGUGGAGACAUUGAAGAGAUCAGUCAUAACAGGGUUCUCUCAUGGCAGUACAUAUGACUCUAAUACAGAGCCAGUGAAGAGCAGGUGUAGAAUACCUUUUCACACAAUUUUGCCGACCUGAACCGUAUUGUGCUCGCUUG